UUACAAUUUAAACUUAAUUAAACAAUUCACUAGACAUACAGUGAGACCCCGAUUAUAGGGGAACUACUCUUAGAGACAAUGUCUGUGGAAAUAAUAGCGGAAAACAAUCGACUCAUAAGAGAGUUAUUGUUUGCGAAGAAAUUGAUUAAAUGUUUGGAAAAUAUAAUGCAUUUCGCGGUAAACAUGAAGACCACGUGUUGUUGCGAUCACAUCCGGACACUCGUCCACACCAAUGACCACCACUUCCAGGACUAUCAACGGAUCCGCAAAGACAUGGAUGAAAGCCUACCCACUGUUACGACCACUGCUUCUUCAGCUCCGGUGACGGCGACUCCGCCGAUAGGUUUGGCCGCCGCAGUGGUGGACACCGGCUGUCAAACUACUACCGGUGAUGCGAGUGAUAAUAUACCUCCGCAGCCGAUAACCACUGGCCGUAAGACCACCGAAAUCACCCGAAUCUGCGACAACUGUCAUCAAGUGAUUGCCGCCGAUGGCCUCAAAUAUGACGAUAAUAUUUACGCUAAACUCGUGGCCACUGAAGUACUAGUGAUGGGAACAGCGGCGGAGGAAUCGUUGUCUUAUCCGAUUCGGCCGAAGACCGGUUCCAAGAAGUGUUUGUCAUCGGCGGCCAAGACUACUGUCGAGAACUACUGUCUGAUGACAGCGCUGCCGAUGCCACUCAAGUGUUUCGGUUGCGAUCGUAUGUAUACUAAAUGCGAGGACUUCUUGGAUCACAUCAAUCGCGGGAAUCAAUUAAAACAAUUCGCCAACAAAUCGACCGAAACGGCGGAAAACCAGGAGAACCGGCGGCCACUGACCGGCGGCGGCGGCGACCAGAACUCACCCAAAAUACCAAUAGAGACGUGCGCCGAGGGGUUCCGGUGCGGCUACAAGGGCUGCUCCUAUACCACCAAAAACCGCAAACACGUGGUCUUCCACUUCACGGCGCACAAGACAUACCGGCCGUACCGGUGCGUCGCCGACGGGUGCCGCCAGUGGUUCAAAACGGACGCCCAUUUGCGUAGCCAUCAAAUGGUCGUCCAUCCGGACGAGUUCCCGGACCGUCAGUGGUUCCGGUGUCCGUCGCAGCGGUGCGACUACAAGACCAAAGUGAACAGCGCGUUGACUAAACACAUGCGCUGCCAUACGGGCCCCGAAGCACAGGCCGUGCGCUACCAGUGCGCCGAUUGUGACAAGUCGUACGCCCGGCAGCGGACUCUGGACGAGCACCGGUCGGUUGUGCACACCCGGGCGCUGGAGUACCGGUGCUCGCAGUGCGACAAACGCUACAACUGUUUGUCGGCGCUCAAGACACACGUCAAACAGACCCACUAUAAGCAGUUCGUGUGCGACACCUGUGCCCAGAAGUUUGUGUCCGAUAUGGAGCUCAGGGCCCACACACUGGGCCUCCACAGCACCGGUGACGACGAGAGUUUGCUGAUCACCGCUGACGAUGUCGACGGCGCGGCCAUUGCGGCCCAAUUGGUCACCGCCGGCGAAACAGUGGCAUCGAAAGCGGCCAAACUGUCCGCAAACGACAUACCGAUCUACCCGUCGGAUGGCGGCUAUCGGUGCGGUUACGCCGGCUGUGCCUAUACGGCCAAACGGGACACUCAAGUGUUCAAACACACGGUCACCCACUCGAGCGCCCGGCCCUACCGGUGCCGUCUCGACGGGUGUAAAGUGCGCUUCAAGACCGAGUCGGUGCUGAACGGGCACCAAAUCAACUGCCACCCCGACUCGUUCCCCGACCGCCAGUGGCUGACCUGUCCGGCCGACGGCUGCCCUUAUCGGACCAAAGGCAACGCCAACAUCGCCCGCCAUAUCCGCACUCACACCCAUCGGUACGCGUGCGACGCCUGCGACAAGACGUACGCCACGCGACUCUCGCUCAGAGAUCACCAGCGGUCAGUACACCCGGCGGGUGACGGCCAACACCCCCAACGAGUGUACGGCUGCGAUCAGUGCCCGAAGACUUACGCCGUGGCGCGCAAACUGCGCGCACAUCGCCAACAGUGUCACAACCGGGUCUACGCGUGCGACUAUUACGGCUGCGACCGCCAGUUUGGCGUCCAAUCCCAUCUACAGCUGCACCGGCAACGCGUCCACGACAAGAGUUACGUCCGGCCCGUCGCGUGCGACUGGAAGGGCUGCGACCACCGCUUCGACUGCCAGAGCAAAAUGCGAGAGCAUAUGAAUAAACACACCGGCGCUAAACCGUUCGCCUGCGCCGUCUGUGACCAACACUUCGCCACCACCGGUGACCGCUCGGCCCACGUGUCCAAUCGGCACCGCACCCGACAGUACGCCUGCGAAUGGCCUGACUGUCAAUAUAGGGCCGCAUUCAUGAGUAGACUCCGGGUGCAUAUGAAGAAGCACGGGAUCAAGUGA